AUGCCAUUACAAUGGGAUCAACUACCUUCUUGGCAACGUGACAACCAAUAUAUCCUCAGCGGUUAUCGAACUUCUUCCAAUUCCUUUGGCAAAUCAUUCGCGAGCCUCAAGUAUCUCCAUAAUGAAUCCGUUAAUAUAUAUUCCCACCUCAUCCCUGCGGUCAUCCUUUCGUUCUUCGGUAUCUCAUUUCACAAAGCGCUUUCACGCAGGUAUACAAGCUUCUCAACAGCAGAUACCCUGGUUUUUGGCUGUUUCUUCUUAGGAGCUGUCCUGUGCCUGAGCAUAUCGGCAUUUUUUCACACCGUUCAGAACCAUUCGUCACACAUCGCACGCAUUGCGAAUCAAGUUGAUUAUAUUGGUAUUGUAUUGCUGAUCGUCGGGAGUUUUAUUCCGAGUAUCUUCUAUGGGUUUUACUGCCACCCUCACUUGCAGAGACUCUAUCUAACCAUGAUUACUUCCCUCGGCCUGUUGUGUGCCACGGUUUCAGCAAAUCCUCAAUUUCGGCAACCCACGUGGCGACCCUUUCGGGCGGGAAUGUUUAUCGCCCUUGGACUAUCAGCACUCUUCCCCGUCAUUCAUGGGGUUAGGAAGUUUGGUAUUAAGCAGAUGAACAAGCAGAUCGGGCUUUUCUGGGUUGUCCUACAGGGUUCGCUUUAUAUUGUAGGAGCCUGCGUAUAUGCUAUGCGCAUACCGGAGUAUUUAUAUCCUGGCCAGUUCGAUAUCUGGAUAAGCUCUCACCAAAUCUUUCAUAUCAUGGUAGUACUGGCUAUAUUAUCUCACCUCCGAGGACUGGUCAAUGCCUUUGAUUACAAUCAUAGUUUUAUGGCCCCACGUUGCUGUUGCACGAACUCUGAAAAAUGCAAACAAUCUUGA